UUUGCACCGUCGCUCAUUUCCUCACAACAUCUUCAACUUUCCCCCAUAUAAUUCUUGCAUCGUGACGAGCCUAUUCUCGGACGAGACCAAUUGAACAUUUAACGCCAUCGCCCACGACCUGCUUCAAAGCCGUUCUCCCCUGAGAAACCUUCAGCGCACCAGAGCAGCAUCACCUAACUAAAAGGUGCCACCUUCAAGCCACGGCACUGAGACAUGACAUCAACAUCGCCGCCGGCAUCAUCGUCAACAACCUCUGCGAAAAAAACAAUGAGAUGCUGGACCGCCACCUCCCGCGGCAGUCCCCGCCAGGCCCUCACUCUUAACCCUGCAGCCCCGACUCCUUCCCUCCCUGCAGACGGCCCCCCGUCUUCUUCCUCUUCCUCUUCUUCUUCUUCUCUCGUCCUCGUUAGGAUCACCCACGUGACCCUCAACCCGGCCGACCUCAACACGCUGCGGCUCCUCCCGCCGUGGCUGCCCUUCCGCCGCGCACCCGUCCCCGGCAUGGACUUUGCCGGCGAGGUCGUCGCGCUUGGCGGCAGCAGGGCCAGCACCGACGCCGACGCCGCGCCACCGCCGCCGCUGCGGGUGGGCGACCGCGUGUGCGGCGCCGCGGGGCUGCGCGAGGUCUUCACGGGGCGGGGCACGCUCGCCGAGUUUGUGCUGCUCGACCGCGCCCUCGUCACCCCCGUGCCGGCCGGCUGGGGCGGCCGGGAGGCGGCCGGGACCAUGGGCAUCGCCGGGCAGACGGCAACCGCCAUGGUCAAGAGGGUCGUGCCCGGCGGGGACCUGCGAAGCGACCGCCGCGGGCUCGAGGGCAGGCGGGUGCUGGUGAACGGGGCGAGCGGCGGGGUGGGGACGGUGCUGGUGCAGAUCUGCAAGGGGUUGGGAGCGGCCGAGGUGGUGGGCGUCUGUUCGGGGGCGAAUGAAGGGCUGGUGAAGGGGCUGGGUGCUGAUGAGGUUGUCGAUUAUCGCCUUCACGACCCUCUCGAGACCCAUCUCGUCGAGCGGUUUGGAGAGCACCAGUUCGACGUCAUCUUCGAUUGUGCCGGCAGCCAGGGGCUCUACAGCUGCUCGCCGGGCUAUCUGAAGCCCGAGGGCAGGUUCGUCAGCAUCGUGGGCGGCUGGUCUCAGGGGGUUGUUCCGUACAUCAGGAACAAACUGCGCCCUGUCUUCCUCGGAGGGACGCCGCGAAGCUACGACCUCUUCCUCCUCAGUGCGUCGGGUGAGAUUGCGAGGGAGGUUGCCACGUUGGUGGAGCAGGGCGUGAUCAAGCAGGCCGUCAUUGACUCGGAGUUUCCCAUGGAGCAGGCGGUCGAGGCCUUUGAGAAACUCGCAACGGGAAGAGCGAGGGGGAAGAUUGUCGUGAACAUCAGCAACAGCUGAGCUGUGGUGGUGCCUGGCUGCAACACAAGUGGUCUUAGUUGAUAUAUCAAGUUUCGCAUCGCCGCCGUCUCGAUGAUAGCUCAGCGCAGCAGUAUAUGGUUGUUUGAAGGCUCAUACCCUUAGUAGUUCCCUCCGAGGUCCUCCAAACAUGAAGCCCCCAAAUCGCGGUUCAGGCGCUGUUAUGUCGCCUGACCCUGAUCCAGUUGUUGCCAUAUCUCGGUUUUCCUCGAAUUUGGACGAAGGGGUCUGUCUUGCCGCGAUCCCCAUGAUUCACUCAU